AUGUUCAAUAACAGGCACUGGGUAUUCCGACAAGAUUCGGCGCCAGCUCAAAGAGCGAAGAGCACACAAGACUGGCUGGCGGCGCGUGAAAUCGACUUCAUCCGGCACGAAGACUGGCUCUCCUCCAGUCCAGAUUUGAAUCCGUUAGAUUACAAGAUAUGGCAACACUUGGAGGAAAAGGCGUGCUCAAAGCUUCAUCUCAAUUUGGAGUCACUCAAGACAUCCUUGAUUAUGGCAGCCACCGAUAUUGACAUGGACCUCGUUCGUGCUGCGAUAGACGACUGGACUCGCAGAUUGUAG